CCUUUUUUUGUUGUUGUGGAAAAAAAAAACGAAAACUGACGUCCGAGGCGUCCAAUUCGUUCUGUUGUAUUGUUAAGUAAAUUUUAAUUGGAAGCGAAAUGUCGAAUCAGAAGGCGGACAAAAGUAACGCCAUCGUAAUCGUUGAGGACGAUGACGAGGAUAUUGAAUACAUGGGAACCACAACCACUAUGCAGCCCAUAGUCACCAUUGAUCUCAGCGGCGACAUGCCGUCCACCUCGGCUGCUGCAGCAGCCCGUGACGCCAAUGGCAUUGUUGGCGCUGCUCCUCUGACAGGAGCCUCUCCCAAGGCCACCACCAACGGGGAGACAGGUCCAUCUGCAUUGGAUGGUGCAUCCAGCACAGGGGCCGCGGCAUUGGAGUGCGCCAUCUGCCUUCAGACUUGCAUCCAUCCAGCCCGUCUACCUUGCGGCCACAUCUUCUGCUUCUUGUGCAUUAAGGGCGUUGCCUAUAAGAAUCGUCGUUGCGCCAUGUGCCGACGCGAGAUUCCCUCGGAGUUUCUGGAUCAUCCCACGCUUGUGAAUGGAAUCGAGGAUAUUUGCGUCACCCGCGCCACCGAGGAUGGCUAUCAAUGGUACUACGAGGGACGCAACGGUUGGUGGCAAUACGAUGACCGCACCAGCCAGGACAUUGAAGAAGCCUUCAAAAAGGGCGAAAAAUCCUGCUCCAUACUCGUAGCUGGCUAUGUCUACGUGGUCGAUCUGGAGCAGCUUGUGCAGCAGCGUCAGAAUGAGCCAACCCGUUGUCGUCGCGUCAAAAGGGAUCUGGCCAACAUACCCAAGAAGGGAGUGGCUGGUCUCCGCAUAGAGGGCAAUCAGGUGACCAGCGAUACUGUGUUCAGCCGACCCGCACCAAACCCACCGACGUCGAACACCACAGCUGCGGCAGCUGCCUCCACUUUUAUUUCCACCAUUGCCGCCACAGACGCUGCCAUUCGGAUUGCCAGCGAUAUCAUUGGCUCCACGCUGGCCCAUGCAGAUGAGCUGACUCGGGGACUGACGGCAAGCAACAUCUGCGAGGAUCCCAGCAGCAGCAGCAGCGGUUCGUUUAGGAUUUGUACCCCGCUAUUACUUCUAACAGCGAAAUGUGUGUUCGUUGCUUCCCUAAUAUCUACGAUAUACCUAAAGCUCUACUGAAAUCGUAUUCCGAUCCCGAGCCCUCGAACCAGUAAUAUCAGUAAUCAGUAAUCCCGGUAAUAUCAAGAAAACAAUUAUUAUUAUUAUCUCUAAAUGUUCAUCCACGGAAUGGGAAAACACCAUCGUUUCGAAUGCUAUUUCAUUACCAAACAGAAAAUCUCCUACUUUCGCUUUCUCAUAUAAGAAUAACCCUGAUAACGCUUUAGCCACCACCAAUCCACACUUUCAACUGAUUUCAUUUGCAUGACAUUUCUAGGAUCUAGUCUCUAAAUGAUAUUAAUUCCCUAUCAACUGGUGGCAGUUCUAAAAGAUAAACAAAAAUAAAACAAUACGUACUUAAUAAACAAUUAGCAUUUCAACAAUAACAAAAUGGUAUAUCAAGAAGAAACAACAAACACACUAAGAUGCCUGGCAGACAGAGGCAGAGGCAUGCUGAGUAGCACGUAGCAUUUUGUUCCCAUCAUAUUUUCAAUUAAAAUAUUGUAUAACUAAUGCAUUCAGUAUUCAAAAGAUUGUGACCCCUCACAGCGAGGGACGUUGAAGAGAAAGAAAUGGCUUAAUGAAAGAUAAAUCCUGUGAAACAGAUACAUUUACAUCAAAUAUAAACGUAAACGAUGAUACUGUUUAGAUCCUAAGAAAUUUUGAAUGUGGUUUGUUUGAAACGAGAGAAAUUAAUAAAGAGAGUUGGAUCUACAUGUAGUA